AUGUCGCAGUCCAUCCUGUUCCGCAAUGAGCAACCCAGCGUCGUUCUCAUCGAUGGGCCUAAGUCUAUCGAGGAUGCUCAAUACUUAAAUCCUGUGGGAGAACCUCAGACCGGCAAGGCACGGAGGCUCAUAUCCUCUAGACCGCCCGAUGAGCCCUUCGAAACUCCAGAACCCAAGCAGCCCGCACUCAACCCGAGUAUGGGAGCUGCUUUGGCAGAGUUGACAGCUGCUGCAGCCAUUGAGGAUGCUCUGAAGGCGCUGCACGACUUGCAUUCUGGGCCUUGGUGCUUGCCUCGGAUUCACGUUGCGCAGGGGGAGGACGCGAAGGGACAUGGGCGGGGCAACAAGAGGAAGGCAGACGAGGUCGAUCUCCCAGAGAAUAUCCCCAGUGAACCAGUGAUCCCCGAAGAGGCAGUCUAUCUCCGUGGUACAAUCUCCUCGGAAAGGUCUCGCUUCCUGGAGGAAGCCCCCAAGUUCGACCUCAUAGUCAUGGACCCUCCAUGGCCGAGCCGCUCAGUGCGGCGCAAGAGAGGCAGCUACCAUACGGCCAAUGAUCUCGACGAUAUGCGCGAGACUCUAUCCCUGAUACCCAUUGCGUCUCAUCUGGCGACUGGAGGUCUCCUCGCCGUCUGGAUUACCAACAAAGCACGCGUACUAGAGCUACUGACAUCGCCUAGAGGCCUGUUCGCCGAGUGGGGGCUGGAACUCGUGGCCGAAUGGACGUGGCUCAAGGUCACCACAAGCGGCGAGCCCAUUCUGAGUGUGGACUCUGCGUGGCGGAAGCCAUGGGAGAGGCUUCUGAUUGCGAAGAGGCGAGGGGUUGAGUUGGCAAAACUGCCUAGCCAGGGCAAAGUAAUUGUCUCUGUACCUGACCUUCAUUCUCGCAAACCUAAUUUGCGCCCCUUGUUCGAGGAUGCUAUGCCCCCUGGGUACAAAGCCCUCGAGGUCUUCGCCAGGAACCUCACGGCGGGUUGGUGGAGCUGGGGAGACGAGGUCCUCAAGUUCCAGCAGCCAGAACACUGGGUAGAGCCGUAG